AUGAAAUUUGUCAAAUCUAUACUGGACUUGAAUAUAGAAAAACUACAACAGUUUAGUCAUUUAUAUCAAAAAAAGGUUGAAAAGCUAAAGCAUCAUAUGAACAAAGUUAUAACACGAAGAGCGAGCGCAUUAAAGGAAAUGACAUUGUACAAGAACAAAUACCGAGAAGAGUGCAAUUUGCUAAAGUCUUUGAAAUUAGCCCUACAAACCACUUGGGGGAAAGAAUUGGAGAAAAACCAGCAAAAGUUUAAUAGGCUUUCGAGCACAAUAAACCAGACCAGGAAUAACUACCAACAAUCAAUAAAUGUAUACAAGGAUAUAAAUGAGAUAUACAAACGCGAUUGGACUAUAUCUAUUAAUGAUUUUUACAAGUUGGAGAUUGAAAGGAUCCAAAUCUUGAAAAUAAACUGUUUCACUUACUGUAAUAAUAUUGCAACAUUAUGUGUUGAUUUGGAUCAGGCUAUUGACUUGGCAAGAUCGAGUUUUGCAGCUAUACAACCACAACAGGAUGUACAAGAGUUUAGUAAUAAUUAUGGAACAGGGGACAAAAUUUACAAUGACCCCGAAUUUGUUGAUUAUAUGACAGGCUGUGAAGAGCCUGUCAUAGGCUAUACAAUUCUGGGCUUACAGAACCCUGAGCACAAUGAGAUUUUAACAAAAACAUAUUCGAAUUACUCACGUAAUGUUAAUAAACCUCAACACAAUGUACAAGUGACGCCAAUAACUGAGGAUUUGCAGAGAGAAAAGCAAACUCCACACAAAUUACAGUUUUCUCCAGUAAAGGCAUUAAAACCUCAAUACUCACCCUUCAAAGAGUUACCAACAAUUGAUAAAAACCAAUACGUGAUAAGGCCUAUAAAGGAUAAUGAUUUUUUUGGUGGAACUGCUCCUGCUCCUGCUCCUUCUUCUCCUCCAUACAACAACAACAACAACAAUAAUAAUAACAAGAGUCUCGAGCCAACUCUCUCCUCGCCUACUAAAAAUUUAUCACCAACACGCAAAGCUCCAGUUGAUCUAUUAUCGCACAAGACGCAUUCAACAAUCGCAAGCUCGGGUGCCGACAACGAUGUUUUUUCCAAAGACGAACGAUUAUCGAAUAGCCAGGGGUCUGCUUCGAAUUAUAGUUCGGAACGAAACUGGGCAUCUCCAAGAAGAAGAGAAAAACAGUUGCAACAAAUGCAAGAGCAAAUAUCGAGAAGAGCGACUAAUGACUUUGAUAAAGAUCGAAAUGCCAAAUUAUACCACGUUGAAAUGGAGAAACCACAAGCAAAGGUGCCGAUUAUCAAUGAUUUUUCGAUUGAUUUUAUAGCAAAAGCUUUAGAAGAUUUGAACUCAGGGGGUAACGGUGAUGUGAAUCAGUUUAGAAGGUCAUUAAGAAGCAGGAGAAGUAGCAAUGGCGAAUCAACAAACACCACCAACACUACGCACAAAAGACGACCCAAAUCGGAUUACAUUGAUGAUCACGACGAAGUUGCUCAACGAUAUGACUCUAUUAGCUUUACAAGACCGAAAUCAAUGGUAGACUUGGGAAGUAUAAGUCAUGACAACUACAAGACACAACAACAUCAACAACAUCAACAACAUCAACAACACCCUUACUCACAAUACGUCAAUGCGUAUUACCAAACACCAAACAAUUCCCCUCUCAAAUCCACACAAGAACAGAAAUUGACACCAUUGAACAAAAGACCAUAUGUAAGCACUGCCACGGCAAGGUAUACAUUUAGGCCGCAACAAGAAGGAGAAUUAUAUUUUAGAAAAGGAUGGCAGAUAUUUGGAAAAUUGGAACAAGAGAUGAGUUAUAUAGAUAAACAACCACAAGAAGAAGCAUGUGCUUCUAUUGAGAACUUACCACCGCUUAUUAUUGGUGGUGCUGUCUUUAAUUAUCAAUACUCCUCCGAUCCCUACUCGUUACCGGUAGAAUCGAUACUUACAAAAGCAUUCAAAUUAGGGUUUAAUGCGGUUGAUUCGUCUCCCUAUUAUGGUCCUUCGGAGGAGAUUUUAGGCAAUGCGUUGAAGAAGAUUGGGUUUUCUCGGGAUUCAUAUUAUAUAUGUACCAAAGUUGGACGCAUCAAAUUGGACGAGUUUGAUUAUUCACGAGCUAGUGUUAGGAGAUCGGUAUUAAGAUCUUUGCAAAGAUUCAAUACUAGCUAUCUAGAUUUGGUUUACAUGCACGAUGUUGAGUUUGAGCUGGAGAACAAUAUUAUCGAGGCUUUACAAGAGUUGCAAAGCUUGAAGAAAGAAGGUGUUAUUCGCAAUUAUGGCAUUUCUGGAUAUCCCUUGCAGUUUCUUCUUGAUAUUGCGAUAAAAUGGAAGCAAAGACAAGGCGAGCCUUUAGAUGCCGUGUUGUCCUAUUGCAAUGGAUGUAUACAAAAUACGUUGUUGUUUCAAUAUUACGACAGAUUCAGAAAUGAAGCUGGCGUGAAGAAUAUAUUGAAUGGAUCUAUUCUUUCAAUGUCGCUAUUACGAUCGACGAAGCCGCAUGAUUUCCAUCCUGCUAGAAAGGAGUUGAAGCAGCGCGUCUUUGAGUUAGCCACCGAGUUGAAACAAGAAGAAGAGAUUGAGUUGGCGGAAUUGGCUACUAGGUAUGCAAUGUGGGAAUGGUUGGUGAAGUUCAAGUCGAGUAUAGUACUUGGGGUAUCGAAUGUGUAUGAAUUGGAUGUUGCUUUAAAGGAAUAUGAGAGUGUUAAGGAACAGGGAUUAAGUGAGCGAGAUUUGGCGGCAAUUGACAAAUUUCAGACUGGAUUGGGAGAACAUUUGAAUGAGACAGAGCCAUUCAUUCCCUCACCAGAGGCUGGCGCCUCUGGUAAUGGCGCCUCUGGUAAUGGCGCCUCUAAUAAGAAAAGUUGGAAAUUGAAAUUUUGA